AUGUUUUCAACCGACACUUCGCCUGUUAUUUGGCAAAUACCUCUUCCACCCGACGUAUUGUAUCACCUCAUGAACAUAUAUUGCCCACCGGAGUCAUUAUUCGGACUCGCUCUCACUUGCAAGAGUUUCGCCAUCGCUCAUCUUCCGGAAGGCGACUAUACGACCCCACUCGUUUCGGAGCAAGGCAAGCGCAGAGGUGGUGGCCGAGAUUCGAUGCCAUGCGCGCCCGAGAUACUGCAGUAUAUUCAAGAGCUCAAUAUCGUCGAUGCAGGUCUCAUCUUCAAAUGUUCAAUUCCGCUACCGGAGGACGAGCAGAGUCUACGCUACAUUCUCACUCGAAAGCUUCCCUUCCUGCGGAAGAUGGAACUGGAUGCGCCUGUGACGUGGCUCACCCUUCCCUCACCCCUCUUGCGCGCCUUCGAGGCGUGCCUUUCGAAUCCAAAUCUCCUCGAGGUCACCUUCAGCAACGGUAGAAUCCUAUCAUCCAUUCUCCGCCACCCGCAAGCUGUCGAUUCUCUUCAUCUAGCUGCCUUGUCUCGUUCGAUCUUCGUGUGGGGAAAUUAUGUCGUCCGCGUAGCUUAA